AUAGGAUUUUCCAAUAUUACUGCUCUUCACCCGGCCGCCCGUCUCUCGCUCAGGUAGACCGGGACCCGUUGCGGAAAGGUGAGGCUUUCAUGUCGUAGAAGUCUGCAGACCUGCAUCCACCGUCAUGGCGGCGAACCACACUUCAGACAUCUUGAGCUCUGCUUACCUGGCAGUGGAGUAUGUAGAUGCCGUGUUGCCAGAAAACCCCCUUCAGCCCUCCCUGAAACACGCCUGGGGCUACAUGCUGGACAACUACACCAAGUUCCAGAUCGCCACAUGGGGCUCGCUCAUCGUCCACGAGUUCAUCUAUUUCCUGUUCUGUUUGCCCGGCUUCCUCUUCCAGUUCAUGCCCUUCAUGCAGAAAUACAAAAUCCAGCAGGACAAGCCUGAGACGUGGGAGAAACAGUGGAGAUGUUUCAAGAUGCUGCUGUUUAACCACUUCUUCAUCCAGUUUCCUUUAAUCUGUGGAACGUACUACUUCACCGAGUUCUUCAGCAUCCCGUAUGACUGGGACGCCAUGCCUCGAUGGACGUCUCUUCUGGCUCGGUGCUUCGGCUGCGCCGUCAUCGAGGACACCUGGCAUUACUUCCUUCACCGCAUACUGCACCACAGGCGCAUCUACAAAUACAUCCACAAAGUCCACCACGAGUUCACCGCUCCGUUCGGCAUGCAGGCAGAGUACGCUCAUCCCCUGGAGACGCUGAUCCUGGGCGCUGGUUUCUUCAUUGGCAUCAUGAUCUUCUGUAACCACGUGUUCUUCCUCUGGGCCUGGGUGGCUUUCCGUCUGCUGGAGACCAUCGAUGUUCACAGCGGUUAUGACAUCCCUCUGAACCCGCUCCACCUGAUCCCUUUCUACGCCGGCGCCCGUUUCCAUGACUUCCACCACUAUAACUUUGUGGGUAACUACGCCUCCACCUUUACCUGGUGGGACAAGCUUCUGAACACUGACAACCAGUACAACAAGUACCUGGAGAAGAAGGAGCAGUAAACCGGCCUCUGUGCACAAAAAGAGAGAAUAAUAACUGCACCGUUGUUCCUCUCUGUUCGCUUAAUGAAUAAUACAAGAAAGGCGUGUGAAAAUAAAGCUGCACUGCUGUAUUGUGAAUCUAAAUCGGACUGAGAGUUGACUUCAGUUGUCCUUUGGUGCCUUAAUAUAAUCAUAAAUAUGCUAUAUUUUUUCACCAGCUGCCGGCUGAAUAAAGAAACCAUCAACAUCCUCAUUUCUCCCCUUUGCUUUUCAUCAUAUGAAAUGUAAAGAUUGUGUACCCUGUGACUGUUGUGAAAUGCUCCUGUUUACGUCUGAAUGUCUCAGCACUUUAGCACUUCCUCCUUGGGCUGAUCGUCGAAGCGCGGCGCGUUCUUCUCGCCGAUUCAACAGUUCAGUAGAAACUGUCUGAGCCGGUUUGAUGCAAACUUGUACAAUUUUAGGUAGAAAAGGGACUUGGCUCGUUUGUCUCUUCUGUGAUGUUCAACGCUACUUUUUUCAUAUAAGAAUUAAAUGCCUUUUUGAUUUUAACAAGAAAGAAGCACUGACUUUUUUUUGUUUCUUCUGUACUUGUGUCACAAUAAAAGUGUGUCAACAUUUUAA